GGACGCAUGCGCACUGAGUGCCUGCCACCUGGCCGAGUCUGCUAGCCCCCUUCAAACCUACAAAAAGGAGGACAACUAGGGACGUUGCGAAGAGCUCAGAAGACCACCCUAGUGUGAGUUAUCCCUCAGUUUUCUCUCUCUUGCUCUGCCUGAAGUGGUCAUGAAGACAUCGUCGAUUCUCGUCGUCGGCUGCUGCCUCCUCGCCAUGGCGCUAAGCUAUGUCCCCAAACACACGGAGGGGGGAGAACCAGGCGAUUUUGGACAUUGGCAUGAAUUAGAUUGUAAUCCAACUGAUGCAUGCAUUGAUAACGGUGGGUAUUGCAUCAGAAAUAACAAGAAAGAAGACUGCUACGGCCUCCUUUUUCCAAAAGAGUGCAGAUCACCCAUUUGUUCUUGCUGUGUAGAAGACGAAAGUAAAUGUUUGCGUAAUCCCUGUCAAAACAACACCGUUUGCACGAACACUUCCGGAAGCUACCAAUGCGAGUGUCCUCCUGGAUACAACUUGACUGCAGAAGGCUGUGUUGAUAUCGUCGAUGAUUGUGCUACGGUAUGUUGCGGAGAUGACCAAUUUUGCACUGAUAAACCCGCAGGCUACGAUUGUCCUUGUCACGCUUGUGCUGGCCGUUGCCAAUAUAAGGCAACUUUCAUCGAGGAUCGGGGAUUGUGCAUGAAGCUCAUUCAAGGAAACAUGACCAAUGAAGAAGCUCUGACUCGUUGUGCGGAAGACUUCAUUUCUCUGCCCUUCCGUACCUCGCUGAUACCGUUUGAUGAUAAGAGUCUUCAUGGAGCAGUUUCAGCUCUCAUGGGAACCGAUGGUGAGCCGGCCUGGGUUGCCCGCAUACCAUCCGACUCUGGAAAUGACAUGUGCGUUGCCAUGAGCAGGACAGACACCUUUAUUAUGGGUGAGGCAAUGCCCUGUGCUACCAAGCUGAUAUACGCUAUUUGCAUUGCACACAAGUACUAUUAGUGUGAGUAAUCUUCAAGAUGUUUUUAAAGUUGUGAAAAGAAUUCUAUCUGCAAAGAACUGUUAAAUUUAAGCAAUCUUUCUUCAGGCUGCUUUUAGAUGAAGUGUUCCUCAGGAUAUGCCAUUUUCCAUGAAGGUGUUUCUUUCUGUUGGUCUGUAGCUUAAGAAUAAAGUCUAUUGGAUUUUUUUUCUCUUGUUGUCACCUCUUUUUUCAUGAAAAAGUUUAAAUUUAUAAUUGCUUAUCUGUUUAUAGAAGACCUACAAGUACUGAAAGGUUCAAAUUUGCCAAGAUAAAGUUUAUAAACGAAGUUUUGCA